AUGCACGCCAAGAAAAGCCAACGCUCAGGAGUACUGGAAAGGCCAGCAAACAUCCACCACAGAGAUUCUGGCAAGAUAGAAGUCAAAUGCACUAAGGAAAGGAAGGUUGGGAAAAUACAGCUGCCACUGUUGAAGCCCUGGAAAUGUACAUCAGUGAAUGCACUUGCUUUAUGUUUCCGAUGCCCUGUCAAGUGUGAGCAGGGUGGAAAGCAGCUGGACGUUGAAGACGCGUCGACUAUUUUAACGAAACAGAACAUUAAGAGCCCAGAUGACGUGAAGCAGAUUGUAGACUUCAAGGAAAGCUGUCGUAAGAAUGUUGGAGAAGAUGCCGUUAAAGCUAUCGAGAAAUCUCAGCAGGACCUCUUCCCUUGCUUCUCGAGCAUAAUCAAAAUGGACAAGCUCAGGCACGAGAUCAAUCGCAGUAUUCCACGCGGAGAGCUGGAUCUCGUCUUCAAGAAGUAUUGCGGGCGGAGAGAGAGCUUAAUGGCCUGCGUCGAGGAUAUGUUCACCAGCUUAGAGAAAUGCAUGAACGAACAGGAACGAAAAGACCUUCAGAUUGUUCGAGAGGCCAUAGAUGCAGGGAUAGAUUUCGUGUGCCACAAAGAUGGCGACAGAAUUGCCCUGUUCAUGGCAGAGGAAGGCGAAGAAUGUCUCGUCAGUCAGAAAGACAACAUCAAGGAGUGUGUGGAAGAGAAAGUACCGGAGAUAAAGGAUGCAGAAGACGACAUGAGCUUAAUAUCACCGCAGACUUUCACGAUAAACGAGGCAAAUUGCAAGAAAUUAAAUGCCAUGCAUCAGUGUGUUGUGAAGCACACUGAGAAAUGCGAAGACCCCACACCAGCCAAUAUCCUGGACUCCCUCAUAAUCCAAGUGCUAAAGGUGACACCAUGUUGGCAGACAAGUGGAGCAGAAACCGCAGCCUCGCAGUCGCAGUACCUCCUCUCGGACACACUCACUCUCAUGGCCGCGGCACUCACUGCAGCCAACAUCCUGCUCUAAGGCAGACGGAAUGAGUACAGUCGAGUGAGAUGGAAUUGAUGCUUUAUCCUGGAUACAAAUUUCCCCUCCAAACUUCACAAGAUUGUGGGGAGCUCCUAAAUGAUAUACAUAAAAAGAAUUAGAGAUGUACUUAGUCCUGUUAAUUACAGUUUUGAGUUACUGUAGAGUUUGCUGAGGCUGUGAUCACGAUAUGUAGGAAGAUAUUUUUCUUUGGAGAAUGAAUCCCCAUAGGCAGCAUUUUUACAUAUUUAUCAUUGAGAUUAUUAUUAUUAUUAGUAAUAAUUUUAUUUGAUUUUAUUCUGAUAACUUUAUCGGGAAUAUAAAUGUAAAGUCAUUUAUAAUGGUAACUAGUGUAUGUAUAUGAGUAUUUGCCAUUUUAUUUUGUUUUAUAAAGGAUUAUAUAUAUAUAUGUGUGUGUGUGUGAGUGUAAUUGUACUAUGGACUGUUUGCAAGCCAAGCAAUGUCAAGCCUGUGUAUGUGAUUGUGUAUGCUGAUGCUUUUUUUUUGUUUUGUUUUUCUUGAUGUGUGUGUAAAUGUAGACCUAUGUCUCUUAGGUCUAGAAGCACGAAAUAUUCAUUUAGUAAAUUCAUUAACAAAAUUUGUAAUGACGUCCUUUUCUAAGAACGAAACUAAAAUUCGCCAACUACUUGUUGACUAAGGUAUGUCUAGUCGACGUUUUUGCUAUCCCGUAGUUCUUUUAUUCACAGAGUUUUGUAAGGAUUGGUAGGAACUUUAGAAUCUCCUAUAGUUUGUGUUGUAAUUGAGUUCCGCGUAUGCUAGAAUAAUUCAAGACUAAGAAAAGAAAUACCAAAGAAACGGGGGCUUUGUUGAAAUUGUUUGUGCCAAUUAUUAUUAACAUUGUGUAAACAUGUUUUUAUUAUGAGUUAACCUUCAUAGUUGGUAUAUUGUCACAUUCACUUGUAAAAGCCUGGCAGGAGUUUAAUAUACUAUCUGAUUAUUAUACUUUACAAUUAAGAUUGUAAGUCAAGUUAUCCUUAUUAAAGAAAUAUAACAAUGGAAAGGGAA